AUGACUCAAGUCGCUAUCAUUGGAGGCGGUCUCUCCGGACUCACCCUGGCCCUUUACCUUCACAAGAGUGGCAUCUCCUCCGCAGUCUACGAAGCCAGGCCCAAAGACUUCGUCUCAGGCGGCAACAUCGCCCUGUCACCCAACGCCCUCCGCGUCCUCGACCACAUUGGCGUUUACGACACCCUCCGCCCCCAAGGUUUCGCCUUUGAGUCCGUCGCCUUCCUCAACGGCCGUGGCGGCCUCUUGGCCAAGGUCCUUAACGGCAGCUAUGAAGAGUACAACUACCCGGCCCUGCGCAUCCGCCGCACCGUCCUUCGCGGCGAGCUGAUCCGCCAGCUCGAGCUCCUCGGGGUGCCGAUCCACUACGAGAAGAAGUGCGCCGGCGUUCGCGAGGAGACAGAUACCUCGGCGACCGUGGAGUUCGAGGACGGCGAGACCGUGACGGCCGAGUUCGUCAUCGGCGCUGAUGGAAUUCACUCGCGGGUGCGGUCGUUUGUGCGCCCUAACGGCAGCAAGCCCGUAUUCCAGGGCCUUGCUGGUAUCUCUGGCACCUUCAAGCUCAGCGACUUGCCCGACGUUGACACGGAUAUGCACUACCCCUGUAUGCUUUUCGGCGGCAACGGCUCCUUCGCCGUCAUGCCGGCGUCGGCGGACGGCGAUGAGGUUAGCUACUUUGCGACCUUUGAGGUUGAGGAGCGGCCGCGUGAGGACUGGGCGGCGCUGGACGCCGACAAGGAGACACUGGCGAAAAUGAUUAAGGAGAGGUUCCCCAUCGAUUCGAGCUGGCCGGAGGUGGUUCGCGCGCUGUGCCACCGGACCCCGACUGAGUCGUUGACUCUCUGGCCCUUCUACUUGCUCUCUGCCAAGGAAUCUUGGUCCUCCCCGAGCCGCCGAGUCCUCCUCAUCGGAGACGCAACUCACGGCAUGCCCCCAACUGUAAGUGAACCACCACCACCAGUAGAGGAUGAAAUUAUGCUGACAGCUUUCCUACAGGGCGGUCAAGGUGGCGCGACUUCCUUUGAGGACGCGGAAACCCUCGCAUACACCCUCGCUCACAUCAAGGCGCCGCUCUUCAACGACAGCGCCCGCCCGCAGGUCAUCCAAGCGUGGGAAGACCACCGAAAGGACCGCGUGUCCAAGAUUGUGGACUUUACCACCCAGAACGGCGACCUGCGCAAGACGUCCACCUCUUUCAUUCACCAGUGGAUCAAGGAGAUGACCAUCUGGGCUUACAUCAAGAUGGUCGGUCCUCACAUGGGCUGCAAGUGGAUGUACUCGUACCACGGGGAGAGCGUUCGCGCUGUUCUCGGCCGCCUGGGAAUCGACGAGUCAAAAGCGAAAGCACAGUGA